AAGACAAAGUGAUGAGCAGCCCUCAGAGGACACGCCCCCUUUCAGCUGCGUGUAAAUCCUGCACGGACUGAGACGAGCUGUCCCAGGCUGCAGCAACAGGACACUUCGCUCUACAACCGAGGUGGAGGAGCGAGCAGAAGAGGAUCCCUGUUACAUUAAAGUCUGCUCUCCCGCAUCAAAAUGGGAGCUGUGGUCUCACGAUGGAGGGCAAAACCAUCAACUGUGGAGAUUUUGGAAGGACUGGAAAAGGACAUACAGACUCUUGAAGAAUACAGCGUGAAAUAUCAAAGACAAUUGAAGAUCUGGGUUGGCAGACUCCUCCUCUACUCGUCUGUACUCUACUUGAUCACUUGCAUGGUUGUGUAUUUCUGGUACUUGCCUGAACAGCUGAUGGGACGGCUCAUCUUAUCUCUUCCUUUUGUAAUAUUUCCAUUUUUGGUAUGGUUACUUCGAAAGAUGCUUGUAUUUAUAUUUUCACGAAGAACUGAAAAAAAUAAUGAAAAGCUUGAAGAUAUAAAAGCACAAAAAAGGAAAAUACUUGAAGAAGUUAUGGAGACGGAGACUUACAAAAACGCCAAAAUCAUUCUGGAGAGAUUUGAUCCUGAUUCAAAGAGAAAGAUGGAACUUGAAUGCACUCCAGUCGGACCUCAGUUGACUCCAAAACCAGGUCAAGAGCUCCGCCAGCGCAACGUAAUCCCCAAACCCCCCCCAGUGGUUGUGAAUUCUGCCAGCGGUGCCGCUGCCCGCCCUCCUCUUGCCUCUGGGCCCAACUAUCCUGGACGAUCUUCCCAUUCUGCUCCAGGUGGACCCCCAGAGAGGAACCUGUCAGCUGUAGCUGCUCAGCAGAGUUUGAUGAGGAAGCCUGUGACCCCGGGAACACCUGUUCCAGGAGUUGGCAUGCACCCUCCAGGCCCACCCCUGGCCAGACCUGUACUCCCCAGGGACAGAGGUGUGAUGGACAGAGUCAUUGAGUAUCUUGUUGGAGAUGGGCCUCAGAACAGAUAUGCUCUCAUAUGUCAGCAGUGUCUGUCUCAUAACGGCAUGGCAUUAAAAGAGGAAUUUGAAUACAUCGCUUUCCGAUGUGCCUAUUGUUUUUUCUUCAACCCUGCGAGGAAGAUCCGACCUCAAGGUCCCAGACUCCCCGAAGUCCCCGAAGAAGCUAAGAUUUCUUCUGAGGGGCCCACGCCAUCAUCAUCUACUAAUGUUGAUGAAGAUCAAUGUGUUUCUGGGAAAACCAUCUCUGAUGACCCUGGAACGGAUAAAGAAGAAGUGACCUCAGAGCUCGGCUCCAUGUCAGACAGCCAGGGUGCUCCAGAAUCACUUGACCUGCCAUCUGAGAAAUCUGAUGGAGAGCAGGAUGUUUCUGCCAUGGAAGUGGAAUAAAGCUCCAGAAUGCAGAUUUUUGACGUUUCUCUGAAUGAUUAGUUUACAACUAAAAAGCCAAAAGUCUUUUCGUUAAGUUGCUUUUAAGACCUUAGCAAUAGCCUGCAGCAUCUUAGUAGCAGCUCUGGCAAACUUUAAAAGCAUUACUUUUUCAGUUUUUAUGUCAUCUUUCUUUAACUGUUAUUUCUGGUACAUAGGAAUGAUGGAAAUGUUAUAUAUGUUGUGGGGAAAUCUUUAUCGGAUGUUAUUUAUAGCUGUUUUUUGCUAAAUGCUGUCUGGACUGGUUUUCUGCAGCAGCUCCAAGGUGCUAACGCGUUUACACAAUCAUGUUACAAUAAAGGAAUGCACAUACACUAUUUAUUACUGAAAGUGGAGAGCAUGUUUGUGAGCAGAGUGACUCCAAGUGCCUUUUUACAUUUCGACUGUUUCAAAGUGCUUAUGAAUUGGUAUGAGUGGCAUGAUGUGUGUAGCUCUUUCUAGUCCUAAAUGAUAUUAUAUUAUGCUUUUAUGAAGAAAUUCUAUUAAAUAAAAUUGCACAAUUUGUACAAAUGAA